AUGUCGAAUUUGGAGAAAAAUUUGGAGAAGUGGAAGGACCAGCCUUGGAUGAUUGACGUGAAUUCAGGCACGUCGGUCACUUUUGGGGACGCGUACGAGAAGAGCAAAAAUGUAGCCAACGUCUUGGCACGACUGGGAUUCAAACAGGGCGACGUACUUUACUACGUGACUUUCGAAAUGGCCCAAGUUUAUGUGGUGCACCUUGCGGCCUGGCUCCUUGGAGGGGCCGUUCGGGGCUGUUUUCAGGGGGAAGCGCCAGAGGUUUAUGCACGCCAGAUUAGUGAGAGCAAGUCGACGAUUGUAGUCGUUGACAGCGACACAGCGCCAGUUGUCAAAAAGGCGAUCGACACUUUGGACUACGAGGUGCACCUUUUGUUUGUUGGGGCAAAUUUUGUGGAAGGUGCUAUGGGUUAUGAAAUGAUGUCUGCAGAUCGAGAUAAUUCGGCGAUGCCGGAGUUUUUGGAAAUUGAUCCAAGAGAGGAAGUUGUGGCGAUUCCGUCCACGAGUGGCAGUACUGGAGUUCCGAAAGGUGUUCUCCAUACUCAUUUCUCAGCAGUGGCACAACUAACCAUGUUUUCAAAAAUUGAUUACAUGAAAGAAGAAUCGCACACAAUGGCCCUUAUGACAAACUACGCAAUCGGAAACUUUUUUCUCACGAUGAAUGCCUUGUACUUGGGAGCGACCGUUUACAACAUCGGAAAAUUCAGUUUCGAAAGCUAUUUUGAUCUCAUUCUCCAGUACAAGGCACAAGAUGAUAAAAUUCUUUAA